UAUUGAAGCAGAAGUGGACGCAACCUAGUACGCUCUGAAAGUGUGCUUUCUGUAGUCUAAGGUGGACAGAGGAAGGGGCACUUCAACGCCAUAGCGUGGACCUAAGACACCAUUCAGGUGAAUGGUACUAUUUGUACAACGAACUGUUCCUAACAGGGUACUUCCUUGUUAUCAUUCCAAAGGCAUUACCAUUCAUACAUGGACGCGCACACACAUUACUAGGCUGACACAAUCGAGAACGUUUUUCCAUAUCAGGCUGCUGUUGCCUGUAAGCAUGCCCUGGCUGACAAAAUGACAUUGCCUUAGUGGAACUCUCACCAGCAGAAGUAGCUAGCAGAGAUCAUAUGUUCCCCUCCGGUUGGAGUGCCACCGUGCUUUGCUACGUGUUGCUUUGCUUCCAAUGAAUAUCUCCCAACCCCGCGAUGACAUUCAAACUGCUCCACUGUUGAACUCUUAACUUGAAGCUGUUAACACAACGCGCAGCUAAGUCGUGCAGAUUGUUUCUUUCUCCUUACUUGUACCAUCUGGGGUUUCUUUGGAGCGUUCAGCUGCAGUUGCUUUGUAACGGCUGCAAAGUUAAUGAUGGAAUUCCAAAGCAGGGGGUCUUCCUAUGCAAUUCCAGAGAAUGAAGCAGUUUUGCACACGCAUCAGGAUGCGCACAGUGACCAUGGAAAUGAAAGCGAGAGGGUCGUGUCAAAAUUGCAACGCAGGCACAGUGACGUAAAAGUAUACAAAGAGAUGUGUGACUUUUAUGCUAGAUUCAACAUGGCCAAUGCUCUCGCGAACGCCAUGUGCGAGCGCUGUCGAGGAGGCUUUGCGCCCGCGGAGAAGAUUGUGAACAGCAACGGGGAGCUGUAUCACGAGCAGUGCUUUGUCUGUGCCCAGUGCUUCCAGCAGUUCCCUGAAGGGCUUUUUUAUGAGUUUGAAGGAAGGAAAUAUUGUGAACAUGACUUUCAGAUGCUUUUUGCCCCUUGCUGUCAUCAAUGUGGAGAGUUCAUCAUUGGUCGUGUUAUUAAAGCUAUGAACAACAGCUGGCAUCCAGAAUGCUUCUGCUGUGAUAUCUGCCAAGAGAUCUUGGCAGACAUUGGAUUUGUGAAGAAUGCUGGCAGGCACCUUUGCCGUCCUUGCCAUAACCGGGAAAAAGCCAGAGGCCUUGGCAAGUACAUUUGCCAAAAGUGCCAUGCCAUCAUUGAUGAACAACCUCUCAUCUUCAAGAAUGACCCAUAUCAUCCCGAUCAUUUCAAUUGUGCCAACUGCGGGAAAGAGCUUACAGCUGAAGCACGAGAGCUGAAGGGAGAGCUGUACUGCUUGCCGUGCCAUGACAAAAUGGGAGUCCCUAUCUGUGGUGCGUGCAGGAGGCCCAUCGAAGGGCGAGUGGUGAAUGCAAUGGGCAAACAGUGGCAUGUAGAGCAUUUUGUCUGUGCAAAGUGUGAGAAACCAUUCCUAGGCCACCGCCACUAUGAGAGGAAGGGCCUGGCAUAUUGUGAAACCCAUUACAAUCAGCUAUUUGGUGAUGUUUGCUUCCACUGUAAUCGUGUGAUUGAAGGAGAUGUUGUGUCUGCCUUGAACAAGGCGUGGUGUGUGAACUGCUUUGCAUGUUCUACUUGCAACACUAAGUUAACACUAAAAAACAAAUUUGUGGAAUUUGAUAUGAAACCUGUUUGUAAGAAGUGCUAUGAGAAGUUUCCACUGGAGCUCAAGAAGAGACUGAAGAAAUUGGCUGAGACUUUGGGAAGGAAAUGAGAGCUUCUUCAGAUACCACUAUGCAUACUUUAUGUUAUCGCUGUUACAGACUUCCUUUUGAUGCGUCUAUAAAACCUAAGCAAACAAACAAAAAAGGUAUUCUCCUGCAAGACCAGCUUCAUUCUAAAAUGUCUUCCUCACCAUCUUGAAAAUAUACCUCUUUACCUCUUAUGUAACCUUUUAUUCUGCCAUUUAAAUUCUGUAUUUUAUACUUGCAUACAUGUGUAGAUAUAGCUUGUAUUUGCUUAGUAAACGUCAGAUAAAAAAAAUAGGCCUUUAUAUUGCAGUGGGGUCCAUUUGAGUGGAUGUUGGUGCUAAGUAGCCUAAACUGGGCAAGAUUCCCUUGCCAAACAAAACAGACCUUAGUUUAAACUAGGACUGCAACAAAAAUUAUCAAAAUUUUUCCCAUUCUCAUUCAAUUUGAUAAAAAAAUUAAUUGCUUUUAAAAAAAAUUCAAAUUCUUCAGGAUUCUGAAGGAACGGUGGUUCUUGUAGUACAGGGCAUCCACAUACACUCCCACCCCCACAAACACACAUGGAAGAAAAGAAGCUGUACUCCAGCAUUUGAUGACAGUGAGCCCACUUGCAAGAAAGCUUUGAGAAUUCCCACACACCCCAGCCACCUAUUUAUUGCCAAAUAAGGUGAAAUUCAAACUACACUCCAGUAUAAUUUGUGUACCAAGUGGAAACUGCUAGAGCAAAGCAGAAGAAGGAAACCAGAGAGUUUGUAAGUAGAUAGCUGAAGGCUGCAACCCUAGAUACUCUUCUUUGUGAGUAAAACACAUUGAACUCAGUGUGACAUACUUCUGAAAAGACAUUCAUUUGAAUGUACUGUUAAGUGCCUACAGGAGAAAUUAACUGCAUCAUGCCAUAGAAUUAAGUACUUACCAAUAGAUAGACUUUUUUUAAAAAAAACUCAAUGUUAUUGUGUUAAAAAAUGAGUAACUUUUACCAAAGUUUGGGUGGUGCUUAAAGGAUAUGUCUAGUUCCUAAGCUAACUUUCACUUAACCAUUCUGUGGCCACUAUUAAUGUUAAAAGCAGUGAUACCAGUCUCUACAAAUCAUGAGAUUUUUGAAAGAAACUGUUAUUAUUUAAGAACUAAUUGUGAGCGAAUGAGGGGCAGACAGCUUUGUGAACGUUAUGCAGUUGCCGUGAGGGUCAGCUUUAACAGCCAAACAAGUUCGAUUAUUAAUAAAACCUUAUUUCAAAAUAGAAAUAAGCAGAGAAAAAAGCAGAGAAGCUUUGUUCAGAUUAAUAGUAAUCGUAAUUAAACAGUAAAUAGCAGAUUAAAGGUUGUCAUUCUUAAGUCUGGAAUGAUAACUCUGGAAUCCAUCAAUGAAAGACUACAACCCUAAGUAUUUAAUGGCACCAUGAAAAUAUCUGUAUGCGAAGCUACCUGAAUUUUCUGGGGCUCUUUCUUUGUUACAGAAAAAAUGUUCUGGAUGCUUUUUGUAUUUCAUUUCACUGUUGUGCCUUAAUUCUGCCAAGCUUAUGCCAUAUGAGUCAAAAUAUUUAACAUUUGUAUAUGGUUACUUUGAAUUUUUAUGCAAAAAUAUGUGCUGGGUAUUUCAAAAAAUGGCAUAUGCUAAACAUUUUGGACUUACAAUUUUUCUCCUGUGCUGAGAAAGGCUUGCAUAUGUCAAAGCAUGAUGCCUUUUCCCCCUCAGCUUACCUGUUUUAAAACAGUACAUGAAAUACAAACCUCAAUAUGUCCCAAUUAUAUCUGAAAGUAUAUUGUGCUACUUAAUCAUAAAAAAUGUAUUGUUAACCAUGUCUGUCCCUUGUGAGUAGAACUAAACUUGUUUGACAUCCUGUGCUAAUACUAUUCCCACUUAACCUGGGAGUAAGCUACACUGAACUCCAUGAGGCAAAUGUCUCAAGAGCCAUGUAUAGGAUUGCUCUGUAGGAAAUAGGAUUUGUUACAGAAUUUUGAAAUUACUAUUUGUAUUCCUAUUAGCAAACUAUUAUAUUUGCUUAGUGCUCUUGCAAAGGUUUCAGGCAGCUUGUAAUAUAAAAGUACUCUUUGGCAAGCCAUCUUCAAGUACUAUGAUGCAGCUCACAGGAGGCUGGUUCAACAGUCCCCAAAGAGAAGGUACAGUAAUUUGUUUAUCUCAGCAUGUUUCUAGCAUUCACACAGUUUUGCCUUCCUCCCUAACUAAUAAGGGGGAUGCACUUGCAGAAUAUUUUAAAUACUGGAAUAGCUCUUGAUGAGCUCAAUUUUCACUAACAAUAGAAAAUUUAUGAGAAUUCUCAUAAAUUCUCUUGGAGGAAGAUACAAUGCUUCACGGAAGAUCCUAUCUUGGGAGACAUUUCACCAGAUCCCGGCAUUCUGUUCAUGUCUGCACUGGUUUGUUUCCACCCUGGCAUUUUACUUUUGACUGCAUCUGUUUGCUCAAGAGUUCUAAUAAAAUACAGGUCUACGUGCAUAAAUGGAAAAACAGCCAACAUCUGUGGUAUCUAUCAUAUUAGUACGUAAGGUGAAGUAUUGACAGGAGUAUGCUGAAUUUAGUACUUUUCCAUUGGAAUUUAAUAGGACUGAACAUUUCCCCUCAAUAUUAAAGGUAGAGUUCAGAUGUUUAAUUUUUUAAGCACAUAUGUCAGAUAUAGAUGAUGCAUGGUGAAAUCCUGUGCAUAUUUACUCAGGAAUGAGUCUCAGUGUGGGUUAGUGAAGCUUAAUCCCAGGUGUUUCAGUAUAAGUGCUUAGCCCAACCUAGUAUCUAAAGGUUAUAUAGUUCCAACUGAAACUUUUUUCAUUUAUUUUUUAAAAAAGUAUUCUGUAGCUGGAAAUACUUAAGUCCAACCAAUAAAGUUCCAGAAAUAAUAAA